AUGUUUGCUGCUCUCUCUUGCAGUAGCAAACAAUGGACAAGGCUGUGUGAGUCGAAGGGUGCCCUCGUGGAUGCGAGUACCGGAUGCCGAGUUGCCGUGGCUCGGUUGCCCACCGGUCGCUUAAUGAAGAUCCAUUCUUUUCCGGGUCGCUGGCAACGGUUGCCAGGAGCAAAAGUACCACCAAGUGACUUAUGA